CAGAUCCAGAGGGGAGUGAUUGUGAUCCCCAAGAGUGUGAAGAAGCAGUACAUUAAGGAAGACUUCGAGGUCUUUGACUUCACGCUAAGCGAUGAGGACAUGAAGAAAAUCCCGUUUUAA